AUGUAUAGUCUAGCUCAACGCGCAAACUCAGUUUUUGCUUUUGCAAUGACGGUAACAUUUGGUCUCUUGGCUGCUAUCGCAUUUGUCACACCAUUUUUGCCAUCUUUGCCGACAGCCAAUGUAGAUAUAAAGAAUAUGCAAGUAUGGAUAUAUGAUUAUGGCGGAAGUUCGAACGAGUUUGCUUUUGUAUACAUGGAUAUUGAUGCAGCGGAGUACGAAUCAAAGGCGCAUGACAUAAAUCAAAUUGUAUUAUGGGAUUCGGUAAUCAGAUCAAAAGAGGACGCUAACAUAACAUUAAGACAACUUCGAAAUAAAUAUAAUUUUCACGAUAUAUCACCAAGCUUUAGUGGAUUGAACGCCACAUACUCGCUUCAUUGGGAUAUAAUGCCACAUGUUGGAACACUAAAAAAUGGACAAGUGAAAGCAAUUACAGAGAUAAAUUUCCCGGCACCUGAAAAUGAACCUGCAAAAUAA